AUGGUGUGUACAAGCGGAAAUGCCUCCUCACACUGUAGCUUUUCCUCUAUGCAGCAACAACAGCGACAACAACAAAACUUACUUUUUGCUGUGGAACGCCUUAUGACAGCAACGUACCCUCCCGCUCGUUUUGAGCCGCGCCCUAAAAUUCUGCUGAGAAGAAAAAUUGACGUCAUUAACUGCAUCACUCGGCGAGUUCGACGUAUCAGUCAGGGGCUCAUGGAUGACAAGUGCUCUUUUGAAAACCGGCGGGCACUGGCCCACACAAUUGUGCACAGUGCACUGCAGGCCGCGUACCCUAAUUGUCGGCGCGACAUAUUCGUAGCCUCGCCAUGUGAGGAAGCCAAAGGGUCAUCUUUGCAUGCUGACACCAUCGCGGAGGCCUUUCUUUGUGACACCGCCACAUACGCUGACCCUUUGAUUUACGCGUCUGUGUUGUCGAGUUUUAUCGUCUACGGUGUGGACUUUGCCUCGUCGCGUCACGGCCCGCGUGUCGACUCCGCCGAUAAAAACAACGUGGCCCCGCCGCUUCCUUCGCUGGACACCGCCCUUUACUGCCUGCACAAGGCAGUAAAGGCGAUUUAUGUGAAGAUGAUUAUGUCGAUUGGCGGACCUACCUUGAGGUAUGCUGAUGAGAACAAUAUCUUAACUCGAAAGCCAUGCCCAGGCGAGUUUAUGGAGUCCUUCCAUGCGCUUGCGAACGGUUACACGCUGAUUUCGCUUCUGAGGUUUUUUGCCGAAGAGGAGGUGGUGGAAGGAGGGAACGCAGGGGAGGAGACUUCCACGGCCGACCCCUUGCACCGGGAUAAACCCUUGCGGUACACCACGGCUGUCCUUUACCGGCUUUUUGACGUGGAAAUUGGCUUGGCCUCACAAGAGGCCUCAUUAUUAUCAUCAUCGUCAUUAUUGGUCCCAUCCAUUAGCUCGACACUUGCCUCCGGCUUUAAGUCGGCAAUAAAUGCCUACUCAGCAGCUGGUAUAAAGUGGAACCUCAGCAAUAAGACGAACCUGAAGGAAGCGCGAAAGCUGCUUUUCCGUUUCCCUCCUUUGGUGCGGGCCAUGGUUGUGUUAAUGGCAUAUUAUUGCCGCCACUUCCCGGCGUUGUACCACUCCGUCGUGAAGAUUGUGGAGGCCCCGUUCAUACUGGACCAGUUUGUGCACUCGGCAUUGCUGUACUUCCCUAUGCGAUCCCAAGAGGAGAUGGAGAGAGAACGUUCAAUGUUCUGUGAAAAAACAAACAGGUCCGUGGUGGGAACCGUCAAGGAGGUGAACGGGUCGGAGCCGGCAAAUGACGCGUGGCUGAAGGCACUGACAACAUCGGACUGCGGUGAAAGCGUCGGCGUGCACCCAGAAGAAGAGGAGGAGACGUUGUUCCCGGAGUUGUUGAAGCGCAGAAGGAUGCACGCUUUCUGGCGAAUGAACUCGAUCCUGAAGGACAGUUCUCUGCCUAAAAAGACAGUCCUGCCACAAUCCACAGAAACUCGGGAGCUACCUUUUGCAUGUGUGGGGCUGUUGAAUGUGGGGAACACGUGCUUUGUUAAUAGCUUCACUCAGCUGUUUUUUGCCGCGCGGCAUUUUCGGAUGGAUCUCCUUCGAGAGACAACCCCGAGAAUUGUGCCGCUGCUGCUGAACUCCUUCAAUGAGACGGCACCCGGGGAUGAGCAUGAACGACGGGGUAUCAUCCGGCACCGCCCAAUCACGGGCCCCCAGGUCACUACGGGUUUUGUUCUUCUCAUGUUGCAGAUGCACUGGAUGGUGACUCACGGUCUUAGCGGCGGUGUUGUCGACACGAAAUUCUUUAGGGAUGUCCUGCCGGAGCCGUUUAACGAUGGCUUCCAGCAUGAUGCCUCAGAGUACGGGAAGGUGUUGAUGGAGCUUCUGGAUAACAGUAGCGCCAGUGAAGCCUUGUGGAAUGCACCAGUCGUCGAGGAGGAAGAUGACAAUGAUGAUGAUUGUGAUGAUAUUGUUGGGAGACGGGCAUACAGCCUGCCACAAGAAUGUGAGGAGUACGAACACAAAAUGAAGAGAAAUAGGGAGGAACAGGAAUCGUUGGGAGGAGGUGGUGGAAAAUUCACCGCGAGCUCACUUUCCGCCAUUGCCCACACCCACAGUGAAAUCAACAAGAGACGAGAGAGGAAACAUAAUGGCCAUGGCCAUGGCCAUGGCAGUGGCAGCGGGGUUGGAGUGGGGUUGUCCACAGUCGUUGCCCGAUGGUUUGGUGGCGUCACCGCCUCUCUCAUUGAGUGCAUGACAUGUCACCACACACGAACGCAGCUGAGUCCAUUUUGGGACAUUAGCGUGCCACUGCGCAGAGAAGAGGAAGAAGAAAGGCCGCAGACGUGCCCUGCUGAAGUCGUUUCUCAUGAAAGGGAAAACCUAGAAGGGAAUGCACAUGUACUGCGCUCGGAGGAUGGACAUAUCGCGAUUACAAAUUAUUAUGUCCACGAUGCUGAUGUGGCUGGUGUGCCCGUGGCACAAGGAGAAGAGGAAGAAGAACAAAGACAACAGCCGUCACUGCAGGAACUCUUGGAGAGCGUCCUUAACUACCAAGACUCCGGUGAACUUCUUCACGGAGAAAACAUGACAUAUUGUGAGUCCUGCCGUAGGCGUGAGCCUGUUAUUUUGCGAACAGCUGUGCACACCACGUGUAGGCGUGCGUUGCCCUUGGCGGAGAAUCGUAUGCAUGGAGCACACGGGCAAAUGCAGGAAAAAGAUAUCGAGGGGGUGCCUUUUUAUCUCACGCUGCAGCUCAACCGCUUCCAAUAUGUUCGAGAAACCGGGAACCACGAAAAGGUGAUGGAUAAAGUGACCAUUAAUAAGGUGAUUAGCGUCCCAGUGCGGGUUGCGAUGCGGGGAAUUGGUCGGAUGGGCGAGGAGGACGAGGAGGAUGUCGGGGAUGCCGGGGAGGUGGUGCAUGAGCGCAUUCACUAUCGACUCAUUGCGGUGUUGGUGCAUAGCGGAUCCAGUCCGCGUAGUGGACAUUACUUUACUUUGCUGCGCUCCCAAGUGGACGGUGAGAUGGCGGAGGAAGACGAAGACACACGUGACUCGUGGGUAUUGGCAAAUGAUUCCAUCGUUUCUUUCUUGGAUGCAGAAACCGCCGAAAACGUUUUGUCCGGCGCUAGUGGAAUCUUCGGUCGGUCCGAGACACCGUACAUCAUCCUUUAUGAGCGAUGCGGGUAUCUUUCCCCCGCCACCGACGACUUGGAUAUUCCCGCCGCGAUAGAGCAGUUGCUCCGGGAGCUUGUGAAACCAGGGAACCACGCGCCACCCUCAUCCGAGGGCAAUAAAGGGAACGAUAGGGACGAUCAUGGCGGCGACGGCGGCUCUGGCGGUGACAAGGACAGCGGCGCGGACAUAUUUGGUCCAUGCAGCACAUUCUGGGACGACGGAGCCCCCAUCUUUUGA